UGUUUGUGACACAGUGAAAAACAGCAUCAGGCCAACAUGCUCAACACCAAUCUCGUUGUGCCCGUGGUACUUUGGGGCCCGAACACACCAACACACUGCGUGUCGAGUGUGUUUCUGUCACGGGACCAGAAAAUCCUUGCGACGGGUUGCUACGAUGGUCAAAUUUGUUUAUGGCAGGUAGAUCCAGACACGCUCCAGAUGACUCCGCGAUGUCUGUUGGUAGGACAUACGGCACCGGUCCUGUGUCUGACGCGUGCCUCCAUCAUCCAGGACAACAACUUCCUGGUAAGCUCGUCGGAAAAUGGUGAAAUGUGCACGUGGGAUCUGGUCGAUGGCAAGUGCACGGAAAGCAUCAAGAUGCCACAGGUGCACACCAACAUCCAGGCCUAUCACAUGGCUAACUGCGACGAUAUUCGACUGUUUUGCAACGGUUACUAUGCGGAAAUUAUGGUAAUGGAUCCGUUCAGUCUGGAGGUACUGUUCUGCUUAAGCUCGAAGGUGAACCCGGAUUGGAUAUCGGCCCUGCACGUUCUGCGACCUUCCAAGCGUAAGGAUGACGUCGUGCUUGCGAUCACCACCACCGGUACGGUGAAGGUGUGGACGCUGAUAGGCAACGAGAACAAGUACUCGGAACCGAUCUACGAAAAUGAAUCGAAACAGAUACGCUGUCUGAACGCGAUAACGAUGAACUGUUGCUCGCAGAACCAGCGCACCGUGCUGAUUGUUUGUGCAAAGUAUUGGCAGAUAUACGAUGCGGGAGACUUUACCGUGCUUUGCAGCGUAAUUUCACCUUCCGGCGAACGAUGGAUGGGUGGCGAUUUCCUAUCGAACGACCGUGUUAUCCUGUGGUCGGACGAGGGUAAGGGUUAUCUGUUCCGGCUACCAGCGAAUAGCAUCCCGGACAAUAAGGAUUUCCAUGGUCCAUCCGUUGGCAAGGACUCACCGUUUCUGUACUGCAUUUUAUCGCAAACGGGCGAAAAGCCUCUGUCCUGUCCGCCGACCAUGAAGCUGGUCACUUCAAAUCGGAGCGGAAAAACGCAAAAGUAUCUCCUGCGGGGCGAUUCGGAAGGGUACGUCAAUAUCUGGGCCGUGCCCGAUAUUUCGAUGGAACAGAUAAAGCAAAUUCAAACGCAAAAGCAACAUCCGGCAUCUUUGGAAUCAACUAUUUGCACAUCGCUCUUGGAAGCGUGGAACAAAAUGAGCCCACUACCGGUUGGCAUACUAGAUCAGCUUUAUCAGAACAGUGAGCCUCUGAUCAAGCUUACCGCUAGCAUUUAUUUGCCCCAACAAAGUCGGCUUGUAGUUGGCCGGGAAGAUGGCAGUAUCAUUAUCGUACCGGCCACCCAAACUGUCAUGUUGCAUCUGCUGCACGGGAAUCAUCAGCAGUUCAGUGAUUGGCCACCCCAUCAAAUACUGAACGGACACAGCGGAAGGGUAAAUUGCUUGCUGUGUCCUUCGCUGGCACAUUCACGGUACGAAAAAUCACACCUCGUAUCGGGUGGCGUAGAUUUUGCCGUCUGUCUGUGGGAUCUUUACAGCGGUAAUCUGAUUCACCGGUUUUGUGUGCAUGCGGGAGAGAUCACCCAGCUGCUGGUACCACCACCGACGUGCAGUCCUCGCAUCCUCAAGUGCAUUUGCUCGGUGGCAUCGGACCACUCGGUCACGCUGCUAAGCUUGCAGGAGCGCAAAUGUGUAACGCUCGCCAGUCGCCACCUGUUUCCGGUAAUUUCCAUCAAAUGGCGCCCGCUGGAUGAUUUCCUAAUCGUCGGUUGUUCCGAUGGGACGGUGUACGUGUGGCAGAUGGAAACUGGACAUCUGGAUCGUGUGCUGCAUGGCAUCCUGGCGGAGGAAGUGUUGAGUGCGUGUGAUGAGAAUAGUGGUGAAACGGGUAGCAGCACCGGAUCAACGUCGGAGAUGGGAUUGGCUAAUCCGGCCGUCCAUUUCUUCCGUGGGUUGAGACAUCGCAACAUAAACGCAAUCCGGCAUGCCACCCAGCGAGGAAUUCAUCAGCUACAGCAGCUGCAUGCACACAACAAUCAACAUGGAGACUUUUUGAUGAAGAAUCGAAGCAGCCCCCUGAUUAUUCAGGGUCUCAGAACCAACCCCAAAGACGCGGAAAGUCACAUACUGUUCUUUGACAUCGAAGGAUUAAUAUUUGAGCUGCACGCGGAAGAGUACGCUGCCAUGAGCCCGAACACGUUAGAGGCUGAAGGACUGUUGAUCCCAACAGGAACGGAUACGCAUUCGUCCGAUGCAGGAAAGAAAAUAUCAGAUUUCUUCGGACGCGUUAAAAAUAAGGCUGGCGAUAUGGAGAAAAUACUGAAAGAGAAAGAUAAGCAUGGAAUCCUUGCCAAAAUGAAGGAAGGCGCAGAGAAUGUGCAGACUAAGGUCCAAGCAAAGCUUGAAAGCGUCGUCAAGAAUGUCGGAGAAACCGGUAAGGAUUCCUCGGACAUUACGAAGAAAAUCGCACCCCGCAUGGAGGCAACCCACGUGAUGGAGGUGGCACAGUUGUUGCUGUCGUUAAUCCACUCCUGGGGACUCGAUCCACAUUUGGACAAAGUGUGUGAAACGCAACUCGGUCUGUUGCGGCCAAUGAUUCCCGUUUCGUUCGGUGUGCUGUCGAAGGGUGGCUACAUGUCGCUACUGUUGCCGACCUGGCAAAACAAUAUCGUUAUCAAUUCGACGGCUGAUGAGCUAAAAACGGUUGCGAUGACGCCGGAACAGUUCCGAAGAGAGGGUUUAACGAAGCUCUUUACCGCUCGGCUACAUUGGGAGCUUAGUACGACACUUACCUCCAACCAUUUGCUAGCGAUGGUGGCCAUGUCUAAUACGCUGAUGUCGAUGAAUAUGGCCACUUUCAUACCGGAGCAGGAGCGCGCCCGAAAGUUGCACCGUCAAUCGACGCGUGCCACCUGGAGCAAUGAGGAGGAACAGGAGGAAGCCUUCACCCAGCAGCAGGCCCAAAUUAAGCAAGGCUGGAGUCUGCUUUCCACGCAUCACUGCUUCCUACUUCCGGAGAAGAUCGAUGCAUUGGAUGCGAACAACUUCAAGCGUCCACAGGUCGAGAUGAUGGCUAGACGAUGGCAACAUCAUUGUCUGGAAAUUCGGGAAGCCGCCCAACAACUUCUCCUCGGCGAGCUGGGUCGUAUGGGCAAAAAAGGUCGCAAGCAACUCGUUGAGAGCUGGGCCCAAUAUCUACCCAUGUACACGCACACGGAACCGAUCGUACAGCAGGCUCCCAGCACGGGACAAUCGAACGCCGGAUCCCCCACCUCCAGCCCGACCGGCCAACCUGGAUUAGAGCACGAAGAAGAAUCCGAAGAAGAGGAAGAAGUCGUGCGAAAACCGUCCAGCUUGGCCGAACUGAAGCGCAAACAAACGACCGCCGUCGUGCUGCUCGGUGUGAUCGGUGCCGAAUUCGGCCAGGACAUAUCCGCCAGCGAUGGCAAGCGUAACAACGAAAACCGGCGCAAAAGUUCCGUCGUCGAAGGGUUCGGCAUCGGCAAUAAUAAUCUCGCCCGUUCCACCUCGAUGGCGCUGACGCAUCUGCUGCUUGCACCGGCAACACCGAAACUGCCCGCCUUUACGCCACUGCGCCGGGCGGCAAUCGAUUUGAUUGGGCGCGGCUUUACCGUGUGGGAACCGUACAUUGACGUGAGCAAGGUGUUGCUGGGACUGUUGGAGAUGUGUUGCGAUUCGACCCGGUUAAUACCGAGCCUGAACUAUAAGCUGCCGCUGACACCACAGGCCGACGCCUGCCGUACGGCCCGGCACGCUCUGCGCCUGAUUGCGACGGCCCGACCGGCCGCCUUCAUCACGACGAUGGCGCGCGAGGUGGCGCGGUACAACACGCUGCAGCAGAAUGCGCAGGCGAUAAGCGUCCCCAUUACGCAGUCGGUGCUACAUCGGGCCAAGCGGGAGAUACUGCAGUGUGUGGAAAUGCUCAUCGAUAAGAUGCAGACGGAGAUCGCUAAUCUGCUCGUGGAGGUUAUGGACAUAACGCUGCACUGUGUUGACUCGGGAGAUCUUAAAAACAAGGGCCUGGCUGAAGUUAGUCCGCUGAUGUGUAAGUUCAAUCAAGUGUCACACUGCAGCGCAUCGCGCCGUAUCGCAGUCGGUGCCAGCAACGGUCACCUAGCAAUCUACGAACUGCGCCAAAACAAAUGCCAGAUGAUACCGGCCCACACCAAACCUGUAACGGCGCUCGCCUUCAGUCCGGACGGCAAAUUUCUGGUAAGCUAUUCCUGUACCGAAAAUCGGCUCUCCUUCUGGCAAACGAGUGCCGGCAUGUUUGGUCUCGGUCAGUCGCAAACACGCUGCAUCAAGGGCUACUCAACCGCACCGAUCCCGGACAUUGGACGGCUCAAUCCGAUGCGGCUAGCAAAGCUGAUCUGGAUCAACAACCGUACCGUAUCGCUCAUGUUGGCCGACGGUUCCGAAACACGGUUCAACGUUUAA